CCAAAGUUCGACAGCUCAGACGUGAUACAAAGAAAGAAGAAAAGAAGGAAGAGAAGAAUUAAAAAGAUAUGAUACGAACAUGACAUCCAGAGAACCUCCUACUACCCAAGCGCUCCUCGCGCGCGCCCACUCGCCAACCUCUGCCGAGCGCAUCUACACUGAAAAGAUCCAGCACCGCGCCAUCUUCCUACGACCAACCUCCCCACCUCCACAGACCACAGCGAAGCAAGCCCGCCGCAAAGAACGCGAGCGCAAGGCAAAAGAGAGGAGGAAGGCCCUCAAACCCAAACCUCUCUCCGCGAAGCAGCGCAAGAAGCUCGGCCUGUACGAGGUUCCCCGCGAUGGGCAGAAGUACGCCACCUUCGUGCCGCUGCAUGACCUGUGGCUGGGCUACGUAAGGGAAAUCCUGGGAAACGAGGUGCAUACUGGCGGUCAGGGGGCGGCUGCGAAGCUGAGCGCCGCUGAUUUCCAUGGCGCCGAGGUUGAGGUGGUCAGAAGUGGGUGUGUUGGGCGGGUGGGGAUCAAAGGGAUCGUCAUCAGAGACACGCGAUUUGUCUUUGAGGUGAUCACGCCCAAGAACAAGGUCAAGAUCGUGCCCAAGGAGGGGACCAUGUUCAGGGUUGAAGUGCCCCCACCAGCUGUGCCCAAGCUCGACGAGAACGCACAUCAAGAUGCUCGACCUUCGACCAAGAACCUGGUGUUUGAGAUCUUGGGGGACCAGUUUGCCAUUCGAGCGGCGGAUCGGGCGAAUCGGAAGUUCAAGCCGCACUUUCUGAAGAACAUAUGA